AGAUGAAGGUGAUGACGAUCAUGAGGUGAAGAAAGAGCUCGAGCGACUUUGAGACGUUUUUGAGAGACAUGGGUUCCACACGGGUCACUGUUUUCUUGACUCUCUUCUCCGUGCUGGUAGUUUGCGUUUCGCAAACACCGAAGUACUGGGACCGCCAGUACGCAUAUUCACGGUACCGUGGUCCUGAGCCGCCUAGACUGGAACGCCAACAUCCGAUACCAACUUUGACAUACAAGUCGCAUGAUCGCUGCAACCUGACCGCCGUACAGGUCCUUGUACAGACGACGUACUGUAGGCCUCGCAUGGAGUACGAAACCCUUCUGUCACCCUACCUCCAUUCUGCCGUCUAUCCCGAAGUAGUCCGGGUGGAUCGCUGCUCUGGUGGAUGUUUUGGAAUGGUCACGUGCUAUCCAGGCUACACGGAAAACGUCACUGUCCCUGUGCUCCUGUUCAAUCUCGUGGAAGGGGGCACUCUUCAGUGCGCGAAGAUGACGGUCCUCAGGCACAAGAACUGUAAAUGUGACUGCAUUCUACAGCCACGUGACUGCACUGUUUAUCAGUGGUACAACAAAGACAGCUGUGGAUGCGAGUGUGGAAAGUUCACGGAAAAGUCCCGUUGCCUUUCCGACACGCGACUGAUCUGGGAGUGGGAUGAGCGCAAGUGUAAAUGCGAGUGCAGACACAAACUGGAGUGCUCCACGUCAAACUACUUUGACGACGAAGAAUGCAAAUGCCUCCCGUUCAAGCACAGGAAAAAUACCACUGCUGUCCAGAUGAGCAUGAAUGCCAUGAAGCCCCUCGACUGGAGACGACUACCACCGCCCCGGUGAAGAUGGUUGUAGUGAAAAAUAAAUC